GAAGCGGCGCGCGUCCCGCUAUCGACCAGAGAGAAUCUGGUCCUUCUUCUCGCCCAGUCUCGGGUGAUCACGACGUCCGCAUAAGCUUUCGGUUGAAUUUCAACUCGUCGAAACACGGCUACGUUUCUGCCAAAAUAUUUCUGAGUUCUUUUUUUGCUACGCGUGGCAAUUUCUUCCGCACGAUCACGAUGAACCGAACACGCGAUAGCACAUUGAUUUGUAUCUACACACUUUUCUUAAGUAAAUGAAUUAUUCGAAUUCUUCGAAUUUGUACGUUGCUUUUUGACGAGAAUGCGGAUUCUAUAUGGAAUGAACGCAAACAAAAAGUGUCGGAUAUCAACGCGAUAUUGAUCAUUAACGAAACAUGAUAUAUGUGUAUCUCUGAUAAAUAGAACAUGACAUUUUCUCUGCUUGCUGAAAAUCGCACCACGUGAGAAAGUUUAGAAGUUCUCCAGUUGUUGUCAUGAGACAGACAUACGACGAUUCUUGUGAACAUGCAUCGUGUUCAUCAUUCAUCGUACACGUCAUUGUUGCAUGAUGGAUUUCUGAAAACAGCUGUUUAUGAAAGUUCUACUUCUUGAAGUCCACAUGCGCGAAGAUACGAGACUCGACCGAAUGAAUACAGUCGAUAGACACACGUCGUCUGAAAAUGUGCUGCACAUUAUCAAGCAUAACACGCAACCAAAUAGAUCUAGAAAGAAAAUAAAAAUGAAGCAAUAGAAUAGUAUUGAGAAGUAAAUCCAGAAGGAACACACACAUUUGCCAAUAAGAUUACCACGCUAGAUAAGAUUUAUAAGACGUUUCGUAUUUUUUACAUGUUACUAUCUCAGUUAGUCCGCUGUCGUUGGAAGAGGUACGCAGCAAUGCAAAAAUAUAAUUGCAAAUUGGAAUAAAAGAAAUCCCUAUAUUUUUUCAUGGAUUCUCAAAUUUAUGCGAUUCAGAGUGCUUACAGUUAUUUUAAGUACAUAUACACGACGAAUUUCUACAAGUUCAACAUCUUUAGAAAAAAAGAAAUAAUUCACGGUCUACUAACGAUCAACUAACAAACAAAUAUACAGAAUUUUAUACACUCACACACACAUGAAGAGAAGUUCGAUAAAAUAAUGUGCAAUAUGAACAAUUAUAAAUCGAGUCGAGUAACAAAGACGAUAGCCGCAGCCAUUAGAAAGAAUAGCCUGCAAGCGCGUUACUGUUAACUAUAUAUAUGUAUGUGUGUCCUUCAAGAGAUAGGAACAAAAGUUGUAGCGAUUAAACCGAAACGCCCCUAAUAUCCGCAACGUUCGUAUGAACUGUUGAUAAUAUUCGUUAUAUAUAUGCCAUCAAAACGACCGCAGUGCGUUUUAGUCAACGAAAAAAGUUCUCCGGGUCUACGUGACGACUUAUAUUACGUCGGUGGCCGGAUUGUAUUACGCUGGAAAAUAUAGUUUUUUUUUUUUUUUUUUUUUUUUUUUUCUAUAAUUUCACAUUAUCUAGUGAUCAUGCGUAAAAUUUUCAUGGACUAUACAAACAUAUUACAAAUCCAUAGAAGAAAAAUCUGCUUAAAAAACCAAAAACAGGAAACUUUUGCCAAUCGUCAGUUUGGCAUACAACAUAUCACAGCAACAUACAAACAUAUUACAAAUCCAUAGAAGAAAACCAAAAACAGGAAACUUUUGCCAAUCGUCAGUUUGGCAUACAACAUAUUACAUACAAACAUAUCACAGCAUACAAACAUAUCACAAAUCCAUAGAAGAAAAAUUUGCUAAAAAAACCAAAAACAGGAACUUUUGCCAAUCGUCAGUUUGUUCGGAUAGACGAUCAUCAAAUUGAUUUAAACAAAAGCGACGCAAUUAAGCCAACAAUUCUGUGCUUUGAUUAUCAAUCAGUACGUAUACAUGUUUGCGCAUUUUGCGUAACAAGCCAACAUAUUGUGCACUAUGUUCGAGAGAUGCUUUAACUCUCUUGUAUAAAUAUUAAUUAUAUAACACAAUAAAACAUUUACGAAGUUCAGUAUUGUGUUUAUAGAAAAAUACAAGAAAUAUUGCACACACAAAAUGUUUGAUUAUUUCAAAAAACGAUAAAACAUAAAAGGACCAAGAAUUGCUCAAAUAUUUUAUCACGUAGACUGUUGUGAAAAAAUUCCAUUUGAAAAUGUUAAACGAACAUUAAUGUAAAAAAAAUAAAAAAAAAAAAAAAAGAAAUAGAAAGAAUAUUAACACAAUCUUCUUAUAUGAUGCGUGAUGAUGUAUUUUAAACAACAACGAAAGAACGAAUCAAUCCGUAAAUUUCAAUGUAGGUCAGUAUCAGCAAAACAGAUAUAAAUCGCAUGUGAUAUCGAUAUUCUGUUAUCGGUAUUGCUAUUACGGAACGAACUCGACAGAAUGUAUAUUUCGAUAGUGUUAUCCUAUCUUAAACGUACGAAACGACUUGAAACUCACGGAACCGCUCUGUUAUGUGUGAACACCAUUCUCACGAAGAGAUCUGUCCCCGGUUUCCGCUUGAAAUCUAACGUCAUCCGCGCGUUUGGCAGUUUAUUUGAUGUUGUAUUCAUUUAUAAGUGCACUUUUUCGCGGAAGUAAAACACUUGUCGACGAUGAGUGUGGAUCUGCCACGGCAUUAAUCAAUGCCAGAAUACAAAAGGGUGGUCUACGACUGCGAAGAUGGCUAAUCGCGCUUCUAAUUUUUUUAUUAAUGUCACUUUACAUUAUCAACAGUUACAACACCGGCCAAUUUCGAAUCAUGCGCUUCGGAGGAAACGCCAAAAUAGACGCUCAAAGUGUAGUUACACACGAUUAUGUAUCGCUAUCAGCAAACAUGUACGUACGUCAAAGCGUAUCAUACACAUCGAUAGGUAGCGGCGGUUUUCUAGUUUACAAUAAAGGAUGCCGAUUACCAGCGAUGGAUCCUUUUGAUCCUGCAAUUCAACGUUUUAUGACGCAUGAAAAGCCGUAUGAAUGCGAGCAUGGAAACUCACCACCACUCAUUGAAUCGAACAACACCGCAUUAUUUGUUAAUCCGCUGGUGUGGAACGAAUUUCACAAUGGUUCGGAGAGCAUAAGUUGUUGCUGGCGACCGUUCUGGAGAAAGAAGGAUAGCGAUAAUGCUGUUACAUACAGCACGCAGUGCCAUCCUUUUCAAGAGUCUUGCGUUGUGAACGACGAGUUCGUAAAAGUCGAGUGUUCCCGUAAUGGCGAAGUUAUCUACAAAGAUUAUUACGUUUUUCUACCUCGUAAAUCUUCGGUGGAGAAGAGAUGCAAACAGGCUGCGAGCACGGAUAUGCACGCCAACGACCGCCUUAGUAUUCUUGUAAUGGGACUUGAUUCGGUUUCCAGAAUGAACUUCUACAGAAUGAUGCCUAAGACCGUAAAAGCGCUUCAGUCUCUCGGUGCUGUGGAGAUGUUAGGCUACACUAAAGUUGCCGACAACACGUAUCCGAAUCUUGUUCCGGUAUUGAGCGGUUUGAGUCAGGAAGAGUUGCAAAAUCUUUGCUGGCAGACGUCUGACAAGACUUUCGACAACUGUCCCUUCUUGUGGAAGAAAUUCAAGGUCGCUGGUUAUCGCACGGUGUUUGGCGAAGACGCAUGCAGCAUGACUACAUUUAACUACUUGAAACCAGGAUUUCGGGAACCGCCAACAGAUUAUUAUCUAAGACCGUACUGCGUCGGUGCCGAGAACGACAUCGGCAACACUCACAAACUGAACGCUAAUCUUUGCUACGGUAGCAGGAAGACAUUCGAAUGUAUUCUGGAUUACACUCGUAAAACGGCGAUUGAGUUCUCCUCAGAACCUUACUUUGCCUUCAUUUGGCAAGCCAGCCUCACUCACGACUUUUUUACAUAUCCGCAGUUCGGUGACAAUUCGUAUUCCAAGUUGAUCAAGUACAUGUCAGAGGAAAGUUUACUAAAUCGCACGAUUUUGAUCGUAAUGAGCGAUCAUGGGAUAAGAUGGGGUGACUUCCGACAAACAUAUCAGGGAAGGAUCGAAGAGAGUUUGCCCUUCGUAUUCAUCGUGUUACCAAAGUGGUGGCGAGACAAAUUUCCUUUAGCCUGGGGUAACUUGCGAAGAAACAGCCACAGCCUCACGACGCCCUUUGACCUGCACGAAACUUUGAAAGAUCUGCUGAAUCCGUACAUCCUACGCGAAUCGUUUCUCAAAAAACGUAUCAAAGUUCAAGCUACGGCUCCCAUUUCUCGCGGCAUCAGUUGGUUCCUUUCUGUGCCGGACGCUCGUAACUGCGACAUGGCGCAAAUAGCGAAUCACUGGUGCAUGUGCCAUACCAGCAACGCCGUCUCGUUGAACGACACCGCUCUUCAGGACAAUGUGCAGUUUCUCGUGAAUGAACUCAACGACAUGUUGAGAAAAUAUCCGAUGUGCGCAAAUCUGAGUUUGAAACAGAUAAAAGACGCAAAGCUAUGGGUGGACAAGACGGAUAGCUCCACAUUGAUGGACUAUACAGUGACUAUACAGACUACACCGGGUGACGCGAUCUUCGAGAGCACAAUACGUUACAAAGCGGAUGACAAUAGCCGCAAACUAGUCGGAUCGGUCAGUAGGUUGAAUACUUACGGCACUCAGAGCGCCUGUGUUGACGAGUUUAACAUGCGCCUGUAUUGCUACUGCCUUUAAAAAGACACAACAUAUCUGAUAUGUGUAAUUAUAUCAAAGAAUAUAUAUACACAACUAAUCAGAGUGAUAAUUUUUGUAUCUUAUAAGUUGUAAGCUGUUUGAAUACCGAAUACGGUCGCGUGGCACUUGUGUUUCAUGUCAAAAAAUUGCUACAAGCGCGCUCGUUUUUUUUUAAUUUUCUUUUACAUAAAUAAAUUGCUCUAACAAAACUUUAAAAUAAGAUUUAUUAUUAAGAAGUUUUGUUUAAAAAUAAAAAUAAAAGAAAACGCUUUCUAAUUUAGUGAGAUUUAAAUUCUGACAUAUGGAAGCGCUUGCUAGCAUUCUCCUUGCGAGAGGAGAAACGAACAGAAGACAAAUAGAGCGAUUGCGGCUGCUUCAGAAUGAGCAGCUUGAUGUUCCGGCAUUCAAACAGCAACUAAAUUAAGCAAGAGCCUGUAUUUUCCAAUGAAUUGGAAUAUAUUAAGAAGAUUCUUGAAACAACACCAUAUAUAAUGUAAAAAGUAUUUUGACAGAACCCAUUUAAUUGCUUAGAAGAUAAACGGCUUUUACUUGUAUCUUUUCGAGGAAAACAAACUUCCUGUAUAAGCGAAGAUAAAUCAUUUUAAUGCGUACGUGAAGGAACCAACAAUUAAACUAACAAUUAUGUGUUUCAAAAUUACUGUGUUUUAUAUGAACUUUUAUUAUUACAUCGCGAAAACUACUUAAUACUACUCAUUUAUCUAUAUCCCUUUAAAUAAUUUCACGCUUAAUUUAUUCACAUGUUAGUACAUUUUAUUGUAGUCAAUAAAGACGCAUGUUGAUUGAGAGUUGUGCGGAGAGUGUGUGACCUUUAUUACGUGACAAAUAAAUAUGCCGAAACAUUUCAAAGUUACGUACGUACGUCAAAUACGCAUGUAUAAUGUCAAAUACGCUUGUAUAUAGUUAAUGACAUGUCUAUCUUUUUCAAUGAAAAAAAAAUUAAAAAUUUAUAUUUUAGUCUUUUACAAUCGAAAUAUAUUGGCAAGACAGUUCUUAUAAGCUAAAUCAGAACCUCCCUAUAAGCGCAUAAUAUUAUUUCAUAUCAAGUAAUGUAUUCUGAGCACAUUUUUGGAAUAUUAAACGUAACUAUUAAUAUUCAUAGAAUAUUCUAGAAUAUUCUAAGAAUAUAUUGUGCGCUUAUAGGGCUGUAGCAUUUCCAAUAGAUAAAAAUUGACAAGGUUCUUGAAGCACAAUACUACGUAAUGUAAGAGUUGCAUACAUCUUACAAUUAGUAGUUUUCAAAAUAAAACGUUGUCAACGUUUACAAACUAUUAUGUAACGACAUCAAUAUUUGGUGUGUGUGUGUGUGUUCACAAUUCACCAAUUAUACACAAAUAAAAGAUAUUUUAUUAUUCUUUU